CUCCCUCUCUUCCACAAAGGGGUGGAAAAAGGGAGAAAAGAGAGCGAGAGACUUGAUAGCAGCAUGCCAGGAAUCAGUGGCUUCCUGUUUGAAAAGUGUGUGCGAUGCCUUUCAUCUGCCUCGAGCCUCGCAGUGCCUAAAGUGCAGCUGUCAAGUGAAACGAAGAAGUAGCCCUGUGAACAGACAGACAGGAUAGACAUGCCUCUCUCUCAGUAAAACACACUGAGGCAGAGACAUAAAGGUGAUCCAGUGGACUCACUACUCUAAACCACUGACAGAGAUGCAUCAUGAAGUCUCAGCAGAAAUGCAUUGUGAUCUUUGCACUGGUGUGCUGCUUCGCUGUCCUGGUGGCCUUGAUAUUCUCAGCGGUGGACGUGUGGGGAGAAGAUGAGGAUGGCAUCACUGAGGAGACCUGUAGCAGAACCUGCCGAAUGGUUAUUGUGGAGAAUAUUCCGGAAGACGUGUCUUUGCCUCACAAUGGAACCACUCCGCUCACCGCUGGUCUGCACAGUCUGUUGGACCUGGCAACCCGCCACGUGGAGAUUGUUUCGCCUCACUGGACUCUGAACUCCACUGACUACGAGUCCAGCAUCCCCACAGCAAAGCAGGGCCGUCUCUUACUCCAUAGACUGAUGGGUCUCAAGUCCCAAAAAGUAAAUCUGAAAGUGGCCAGCGAUCUGACUGACUCCAAAGACCUUAAGGUCCUUUCUCGUCAUGGUGCAGAUAUUCAUUACCUAAACAUGACAACCCUGACAAAUGGGCAGCUACUCUCCUCCUUCUGGGUGGUCGAUAGGAAGCACAUAUACAUCGGAAGUGCGGGCAUGGACUGGAGAGCACUAUCCACGUUAAAGGAGUUGGGCGUCAUCCUCUAUAAUUGCAGUUGUCUGGCGCUGGACCUGCACAGGAUAUUUAGCCUCUACUGGCAGCUGCAGUAUAAGGACUUUAUUCCCUCCAUCUGGUCUAAGAGAGUCAAUGGACUAUUCAACAAGAAAAGAACUCUUCCACUCAUUCUGAAUAACGUGAAAUCAGAGGUCUAUCCAUCUAAUUCUCCAGAUGUCUUUUGCCCCAAAGAUCGAGUCCGGGACAUUGACGCCAUCUUUAAUGUGAUUCAGGAUGCAAAGUUGUUCAUCUAUAUCUCCAUCACAGACUAUGUGCCUCUGGUCAACAAUGGGCUCAGCAGAUACUGGUCAGCGAUUGAUGGGAAGCUCCGUGAGGCUUCACUGCUGAGAAACAUCAAAGUGCGUCUUUUAGUGAGCUGCUGGGAGCAGACACACCCUCUGACGUUUAAUUUUAUGUGGUCUCUGAAAAGCCUGUGCAUGGAGAUGCCCAACUGCUCUGUGGAGGCGAAGUUCUUCAGUCCCCGUGAGGAGCCAGAUGGCACGAUUGAAGGAAUCAACCACAACAGAUAUAUGGUCACAGACAAUGCGGUAUACAUAGGGAAUUUUGGCUGGGUGGGGAACGAGUUUGUGUACAACGCUGGAGCCGGUCUCGUAAUCUCCCAAGAGGAGGACCCGGAGGACCGAAAUGUCACCAUGCCGCAGCAAAUGAGGGCAGUGUUUGACAGAGACUGGCACUCGCGCUACUCUAAGACACUGCAGCUCAACAAGAUCCCCAACUGCAACAAGCACACAAUCCUUCCUCAAUCACUCAAGGCAUGGGAUGAGAGUGUCGACGAGAAGGACAGCCCUAAUGCCUCUUUGUAAGUAGAGACCAGUGGGGCAAGGUGUAUGGAUACCACUUUUUAACCUGUAAAUGUUUCACAGUCUCUUUUAUCUGUGCCACUGCUGACACAUGCUGCUUAUAUUGUGCACUUUUAAAGGGUAUGGGGAGGAAUGAAUAAACAGGCUUCCAUUAGCUGCAGUGUUUUAUCACACAGAUUUAUUUUUUUUGCAGUGCAAAAGAGAUUUACGAACCACAGCCUGCCUUUCUGUUUCAACCACAGGGAUCAGCACUUAUUUGUUUUGUAUGUCUGUACACUAGGUAUGAGUCAAACAUGGGGCGCAGGGUUUUCCAAAAGCAGGUGAUCAAACAAAGUGAGCAAUGGAAAGAAAUCAUCCCUUUAAUAUUUUAAGCCCACAAUCUUUGGUGGGUUUUUUUCCUAACCUAUACAGAAACAUUAUAAAAUGUUUAGCUCAGAAACUCUACAAACAAAUAUGCUUUUUGUUCACUUACAAGCAAACAAACCUUUACAACCUGUAAUGUGUUCAUUUGAUGGCAUAUUUUAAAUACAAUAUAUAUAAACUAUAUAAGAAUGCAUUUUUGCAAUAUACAGUAAAAUAAAUGUGUCUGAGGUAGGCAUACUUACCACAAACAAGUGUAAUGUGCUCCUCUUCCUUGAUCCAGUUUACAUUGGCAAAAAAAUCUGUUUUAUAUAACAGGACUAUACUUUUUUCUACUUGCAUGAUUGUUCCAUACACAAUCUUCUGUCAAACCAAAAAUCUUUCACAUUUGAAUGUACUUUGGUCUUGUGUAUAUGAUUUUAUUUUGACUUUCCAAAGGUGUUUUACAAUGUCAACAUUUGUGAGACUGCUUCAUGUUUUAAGGCAUCCUUUUUUCAGUGGCAAAGUUAAUUAGGCCUCUGGUUAACGGGACGGAGUGGAUGGGACUUUUUUUUAACUCCAAAAUGACAACAAAAACUGAGUGUACUAUGCAGAGCAUGAUACAAUUUGCAUUCCUCUUUUUUUUUGGGGGGGGG